AUGUCUACAAAGAGUCUUCCAUGCAAGCUGUCCUGCAGCAGCAAAAUAUCCUCCUUUAUACAGAAUGAUUUGGUAAUACUGCGAAAUAACUGUGCAAACUCACUAAAUAAUUCUUCAUCUAAGGUAGACCGCAUCACCUGCAUAGACACCUGGCUAAAAUACGCCAAUGGCUUGCUAAGCUACAAAUACGAGUUCGGCGAUGUAGAGGCUUAUGUCGAAGAGGAGAUAGCCAUGGUCUUGAUUAACGUGGCCGCAUUCUACCAAGAUAUCGGUAUUGAAACAUUGCACAGAGCGUAUGAAUCUUCGCUACCAUCAAACAACCUAUGGACAACGAGCGGAACUUAUUUGAAGAGAGGAUUAGGCCUUACGUACUUUCUUGGGGCUGUUUUUCAAACAAAUGCGACGAAUGAGGGCAAGAACAUGCAGAUUUUCAAUCUCAACAACCAGCUGUCCUUGGAGUUCCAAUUGUUGCAACAGCUGGGGAUUGUCAUUUUAGCAUUAUCUAAACUAAGAUCAAAAGUCAGCAAGGAUGCUAUCGCUGACCUUGAGUUUCAGGAGUUGAAAGAGUUGGGCACCUCCAGUGUGUUCUAUGCUAAGCUUUGUAUUGGAUCUUAUAACACUGCAUUACAAUGCCAAGGUGGUCGUAUAGUCGACGGCCUGUUUCUGAAUUAUUUGCAAUGUUUGAUCUAUCUUUUCUUAUCUAUUAAUCAAUACAACAUCGAUGAAUGUGGGAUCGCGAUCGGAAUGCUUCAAGAAUCGAUCAAGAAGUUGUUAAAUAUAGUACCUAACUCGCAACUUAAAGAAUUGGACGUUUUGUCUUCUACUGAUAUCACAAAGAAGAGGGAACUCAUAAAGAGGGCCUUGAAAAGAAAAAUACGUGGCCCUACUUUGAAAAAACAGUAUAUAUUUGAGAAAAAAGCAUCGCUUUCAUUCAAGAAUAACAUGGUGCCUUUGUUGAAGUCUUCGGUAGACGACUUCAUAGUCCCGCUCACAAUACUACUAAGGUACAGGUACCAAAGAACCAAUGAAAACUUUUCAUUUAAGCCAGUAGAGAACGACGUGAAGAAGUUGAAUGAGCUGUUUCCCAGCGGAAAGUCGUCGAAUCUAGAAGGUACCGUAUGGAGUUUUCAAAAUGGGCACCUCACAUUCGAAAACUCAAACAACGCUGCCCAAGAUUGCGGCAAUUAUUUCUAG